GGAAACGGUUGCCGACGACGACGCGGACAGGGCGCUCUCGGUUCCAGGGGUCGCAGAGCCAGUGGUGGAAGCGGAAAUAUCCGUGCCGGUGCUGAUGUUGGUAUCUGAGGAGACCACCGGGAUGGCCGAGGGAGAAGAGGAUGAAUUGGCCUGCGUGCUUGAAGCUGAAGGCGUGGAGCUUCCCACGGAGAUGGAACUCGGGCUCGUGGGUACCUCGGUGCUGCUGGAUUCCACCGAGCUGCUGGAUUUCACCGAGCUGCUGGAUUCCACCGAGCUGCUGGAUCCCACAGAACUGCUAGAUUCCAGAGAGCUGCUCGGAAUGCUGACAAGACCGCUGCCGGUGGACUCCGAGGCCGUACUGGAAACAGAAAUGGCAGGCGUUUCUAUGGAACUGAUAGUUUCAGAAGAACCGACGGUUUCAGAAGAAAUGACAGUUUCCGAAGAACUGGCGGUCGUGCUCGGAAUGGUAAGACUUAACACCGUCUCAGAGGAUGCCGUGCCGAGAAUGGAAGUCGAAGAAAUGCCAAGGUCCGGGGUACUGUUGCACGAGCCCUCGAUAACCGUGACAGUCGACACCAGGGUCUUGGUGACAGUAACGGAGACGGCGGAGUCAUAUCCAGGACCGUAUUCGUGCUGGGGAAGGCCUCGCUCCGGCGGUGGGAUAGCGAGGGCGAAGGCGAGCCUGGGGGUGUGUUAGUCUCGUUUCUAUGAAAUCGACCGACAUGGGCUAUUGCUUACCCUAAGAUCAGGACCAACAAGCCGGGAGUGGCUGUCGACAGCAUGAUG